AUGCCUGUUUGCUGCUGCUGCUCCAGUGCUGCAGCGGCGAGCAGCAGCAGCAGCAGCAGCAGCAGCAAGCAACAGCUGCAGCAACAAACGGAGAAGGCCAAAGCUGCGCAGCAGCAGCAGCAGCAGCAGCAGCAGCAGCAGCAGCAGCAGCAGCAGCAACAGCAGCAGCAGCAACAGCAGCAGCAGCAACAGCAGCAGCAGCAACAGCAGCAACAGCAACAGCAGCAACAGAAGCAGCAGCAACAGCAGCAGCAGCAGCAGCACAGCAGCAGAAGCAGCAGCAGCAACAACAGCAGCAGCAACAAAACCUGCAACGGCAAAAGAAUUGGUGACAACAGCAGCAGAAACAGCAGAAGCAGCACAGCAGCAAAAGCAGCAGAAGCAGCAACAGCAGCAAAAGCAGCGAUAACAGCAACAGCAGCAAACGCAGCAGCAGCAGCAAUAGCAACAGCAGCAACAGCAGCAACAGCAGCAACAGCAGCAAAAAAGAAAGCUAAAAAAAAUCUUUAA